AAAUUGCCACAAAUGAGUUUCAUGAGGAAGCUGAAGGACUACUGUAUGGUGCUGGUAUAGCAGAUUAGCCUUCGAGCUCUGCAAGAAUUGAAGAUGCUAGGAUGUACACAAUGACGCAGCUCCAAUAGCGAAGCACGGACUUUAAUAUUAAAGUUUUCAAUAACAAUAUUGCUCUUUUUAUUAAAUAAAAAUAUAUAUCGAAGGUUCAAACCUAAUAUUAAAAGAUCUUAAAACUUUCAAAAAUAUAAACAUUACUUUUCCUUUACAAAAAAUUCUUAAAAAUCACCUAUUUUUCGCUCUUCUAAAGUAGGUUCCCCCCUUAAAUUUACUGUUGAGUUUGAAAAUAAUAAUUCAAUUAAUUUUUUGGACACCACUGUUAUACGUAAUAAUGAGAUUUUGAUCACGAAUUGGUAUCGUAAGCCGAAUUUUUCGGGGCGGUACAUUAAUUAUUUUGCCGCUAAUCCUGUACAACAUAAGAUAAAUACUGUUACUAGUCUAGUAGACAAAGCAAUUUUAUUGUCGGACAAACAAUUUCAUGAUAUUAACAUACAAACGGUGAAAUCUAUUUUGAUUAACAAUUGUUAUCCACUGGAGUUCAUUAACAGACAUGUUAUAAAUAGGUUAAGACACAUUAAGUACAAGAUGUCAAAUGUUAACAAUCGAAGUGUAACAUAUAACAAUGUAAGGGAUAUUGAUAGUAGGGUUUCUGUUAGUAUUCCUUACAUUAAAGGAUUUAGCGAAAACGUUUCUCGAAUUUUGAAGCGUUUCAAGUUGAAUGUGAUACAUGUUACCAAUAAGAAGUUGAAGUGCGUUAUUAAAUGUGGGAAAGACAGGUUGUCACAUGAGGACAAAACUGGGGUGAUUUACAAAAUCAACUGUGCGAAUUGCGAUGCUUGCUAUUUCGGGCAGACAAAAAGGCACCUUGAUACUAGAGUCAAGGAGCACAUUUUGGAUGUGAAGAAGCGUGAAGGCAACUGGUCGGUGGUCAGCAAACAUCGAGUGAAUGGUGGUCACGAAUUUGAAUGGUCUAAUGUGAAUGUUUUACAUCAAGAGAUGCUUUUAAGCAAAAGAUUGAUUGCAGAGAUGAUUUUUAUCAAGCGACAUACUUCGUCUUUAAAUUUACAGAAAGACACUGAACGCUUACCGGGUAUAUAUGACAUUGUUUUGACUAAGAUCUACUGUUUUGACUAAUGUUGAGCUUCACUUGCUAGCUGACCUCCGCUGAAUGCUGACGUGUUUUCCGGACAGGUUGCUUUGUCAUCUUAUUUGUCUUUUUCUGCCAGUGAGUGGGUUGUAUGGUUUAUUUCAUUGUUAUAUUGCGACGGCCGUCGCUGGCCUACGGCCCGCCGUGCGCGUAGGCGCGGCGUCGCAAAUCAGCGGACACGCGAAAUCUACUGAAACGA